GUCACACAGCCCUGAACCACACACCGCCGUUAUCCUGCCACACUUCCCGGGAAGGGACUCCGAGUCCAGGGCUCACUCCGCAGCGAGGUUUGGCGGACGGACGCGGGCCAUGGUGUGUCGGCGUAACUCCGCUGACAGAGCGGUGCUGCUCCCCGCUGCGCUGUACGUCUGCGGCUUUCUCAGGGUCGUUCCAGCAUUGGACGUGGUACAACAACUACUGGAGUGCGAUCGCGCGGCGGUCGCUGCAGGAGACACGACCGGAUGUAGCUGGGCGCUGGCCUACAACAGGAGGACACUUACCCGCUACAACACCCAGACGCACCACUUCACUGUGGAGGGCACAGCACUGAAAGCCGAGGUGGAUGCCCUGAACAAGGACCCGGGCAUCCUGGACAAAGUGGAUUCUGCGAUACAGCAGGGCAUCACUUUAACCCAGCAGCUCCUGGAAGCUGCAAAGCCAAUCCUGGAUCAGACAGUGCCUCCCUCGGUACGAAUCCAGUCGGAGGGUCAGUCAUGGAAUGGCCUGGCCCAGCAGCUGCGAUGCUCAGUGACGGGCUUCUCCCCCCGAGCGGUGAAUGUGAGCUGGCUGAGGGACGGAGAGGACAUGGGCCCCGUGGUGCUGCACCUUCCCAUCCUCCCCAACAGCCAAGGGACCUUCCAGACUGCGGCCUACAUCACCGUGGAGCCUGAGCCUCCCGCUACCUACACCUGCCUGGUUCAGCACGCCUCCUACCCCUACCCAGAGGGGUAUCGCCUGGACUGGGUCGGCGGUCACCAUUUCUCUCUGUCGCCGGCUGCCAUUUUGGGAAUAUUGUUUGGAAUUGUGGGAGCCAUCUUCGUCAUGGUCGCUGUCUACCUUCACCUGAAGUCUCAAGGUCGCCACGCUGGGAUCUUUGAACCCACAGAAAGCGAGAUCGCCACACACAUUCCUGACGUUUCCCGAUUCCCCGCAGUGCUUUUCCUGAAAAAUCGACGGCAGGGCCGAUCAAACCAGCCCGAGACCAGCGUGCGAUCCAACGCCAGCGCGACGUCAGGAGAUGGAUUGACCCAGCACCCAGCGUGAGGACCCGGCUGGAGGGAGAGCGCAGGUGGCUUUGGCUGGAAGGUGAUCAUUGUCACAACGAUGGAGGCCGCUCUGCCCGGUGUCUCUGUACUAGCUCACGCAGCCCCACCCUCCACGCACCCCACCCAACCCCACCUUCGCCCCUCGAAUAACAGUCUGAGUCCCCGCACCCCAAUCUCCCGCCCCCUCGAUUCUCCAUCCUUCCACCAAUGGGAAGCACCCUCUUCAUCUCCCUCCUGACCCAGAAAACCCUUCCCUCCUGUGAAGGGGUGGGGGCGGGGGGGUGAGGGGGAUGGGGUGGCUGAUACUCAGCACAGAGAAGGUUCUAGAGGCUCGAAGACCGACCCAUCCCGGCUCACCCCUUCUCCCCCACAAACACUCAAAGUGUGGGACCCCACCCCCAACCCUCAUUUCAUGAAUUUGAGAGAAUCGAUUUCUCUUGUAAUCAGUGACC